AUGUCAAAUCCUAUCUUGCAUCUUUCUCGUCAAAACGAAGCUACCUGGGCUUCAUUUCAUCAUCGAGUUUCAGGAAUACAUUACAAUUAUGACCAGCUAUUUCCUAAGACUGUUUUCCAGUUCUUAGAAGCAAAAGCUAAGUCCGUCGGCAGCUCCAUUGGUUAUCUGGUGCCAUCGUUGAUGACAGCCACCUCAUUUCUCCUUGGAAAUACUGACGCCCACUUCCUAAAUGGAAAUCACAUUCAGCCACUAAACCUAUACACCAUGUCCGUUGGUCAUCCAGGAACGGGAAAAUCACCUGCCAUAGAGACAGUGCUGGCCACACUUCGAGACAGACACCAUCUCAAAGGAGACCCUUGUCAGCGCCACAACAUCGUCCGGACUUGUGAAAACCAUUUCCAAGCAAGGUAAAGCCUUUGUUGUCUCCCCCGAAAUAUUUGAUGUUUUGAACAAACUCCUCAAAAACGACGAAGAGAACGCCACUGGUGACGUACAGCUGCUCUGCAAACUAUGGAAUGGGGAAUCUGCAUCCUACCAUUUCGCGACAGAGGCUACGCGAGAAAUUGAAUCAAACACCGCGUUCUCCGUUCUUGGAUCAACCCAGAUCCAAAAUGCAGCGAUUCUUAUUUUUAGAAUGGACAAAGGGUCCACGGUCUUCUAGAUCGCUUCUUAAUUACUGUUCCAAACGUGCGAAAGCCGACACCGGAACAAGAAGAAGAAGGAGCACAUUAUCUAGCAGACCUUCCCCUAAAAGAUUUCGUGCCACUCUUCGCAGCAAUCUACGCCGC